AUGUCAGAAAACUGCCAAAGUACACCUUUCGCUGGGACAGAAUGUGCUCUGCAGCCCUCUGUGCCUGUGCUGAGGAAUGCCACACCCUCAGCAGGAAGUGUGUACAAUUUCUACGGGGUCUCCACCCCAGCUGUGAGCUCAGUAUGGCUCCUGCCAUCAGGCUCCAGCACAUGCUGCCAGCAGCUCUCAGACGGUGCCAACCUUUACCAACGAGCUGGCAUGACCAUGCUGACUGAGCUGACUGACCAGAACCAGAUCUCUGCUUCGACAUUUUCCUAUCCAGGUGUUCUCCACUGGGAUCUCAGAGAAAGCACCACCAGAAGGGAAGCUCCGUUCCUGGACACCCCUGUAACUAUCAUUGACCAGAAUACCAUCCCCGCGUCUUGGUCUAUGACAGCCCAGUGUGAUAAUAUUUUCCAAAUCAAUGCCUUACCGCUAUGCUUUCCAACACUGUCUGCCUGCCUUGUACAGGCACCACCAUCAAAUGAACCAGAUCAACGAUACAUCCUGGCACCUUGCUACCAGGAUGGAAGUCAGGUCUAUUACUAUGACCAGAACAGCCUGGGUCCUCCGAUGGCUGAAGAAUUCUGGCAGUGCCAGCAGGCCUAUGGCUCUGUGUCCUGCUCUGACAACCAGGCUUCCUCUCUGCACCCAGAGAUGGUGAUGGCACUACAGGACAUUCAGCCAAUGAACGUCCAAACACCUUACUCCACCUCUGCCAUCUACUGGCCCACAUCUGCUCAAACCACGCCAGACACCAGUCUUCAAGUGGUGGAGAGGGAGACAAAUCUGGGAUUGACACCUUCAGGCCAGACACUCUGUCCGCUGCAGAGUCCAGACCUCGGCAAUGCCUGCACCCAGGAUGCCCAGAUGAUGACAGCACCUGUCAAUGGGGACAGGUCACUAAUUCCCCUCAUGCACAGUCCUUCUGAAUUCCUGGCCUUGCCUCCAGCCCCAAGCCUGGAAAAGACACAGAAGAACAAUGCAGCUGAGAUGAAUGCUGAGCCUUCAACACCUCUGGAUUCCUAUGAGGGCACAAAAUCUAAACAAGAUGCAAUACCCCUCUUCUUAGCACCCCCCGGCACACAGCAGCCCUUGAACUACAGGGAUGCUGGGAGCCUGAGGCAGAAGCUGGCUUCUCACAAUGCCACUUUGGGAAACAGUAGCCUUGGUCUGGAAGAGCCUGAGGCUCUGAGGAGUGUCAUGGAGUCCAGCAAUGACUUUGCAGACAUGACCGCACUGGUAGCAGAUGUUCACCUUCCCCAACUCUUCAAUUUCAUCACUGGCCUUGACCAAAUGGAAGAUCACACAGCAAGCCAAACCAAAGACUCCACAGACAUCAGGAGGGAUCAGGCCCAGUCACGUGCCAGCACCUUUAUCGGACUAUCUGAACCAGGGUUCAACAAAGACCAGAAAGUCUCUGAUGUGCUUCAUGGAACUCCUCAGGCCAAAACACAGCAAGACGAUAUACUGAAGGAAGAUGAUCCUGGAAACAUUGAAGGGACUAUAGACAACAUGGCUAACAACGAGGAUGGCAAAUCUCAAAUAUUUGUACCCAAGAGGCCCAGAGUAGCAUGGGCACAGGGGAAAGAUAAGGCCAAGGAGACCAGAGAAAACAACUCCAAGAAAACAGAGGAGCUGAAGCCUUCAAGAUGCAGAGUCAAAGCAGAAGGGAAGCCCGCCAUCCCCAAGACCAAGAGGAAGAGGAAUCCACCUGAACUCAGCCAUGACAAAGUUAAGAAGCCUCGUACUCAGCUCGGCAUGCACAUGCUGGAGUCUGUGCAGGUCUUUCACCCACUGGGGAAGAAGAGUGAGAAGAAACCUUGCAUCGCCUCCUCGCAGGCUCUGCUGAACUUCAGCAGCAACAAAGAACCCAGGACAGGCCCAACCACCACAUCCCUGGGAGUUGUGCCCCGUGAGGGUCGAGGCCCUGAUAAAAGCCUGGGCAAUGCUCAGAGAACAGAGAGCAGUGCUCACAAGGAGUGUCCAUCUCCAUCCCAGGAUGAGUUACCCCCACAUGGGAAGGUCAAAUUAGUACCUCUGCCUUUCCUAGCCCUGGACAAGCCUCAAGCCAGACCUGUUUCUAGAAAGCUUCACUGCCUGGCUCCACACAGGCCCACGACAGCUUACCCAGUGAGGCCUCACUCUUCUAGGCAACCCACGCUCAAACCAUCCCAACCAGCUCCUGCCAGAACAUCAUCUAUGGCCUCUGAUAAGUCAACUUUGUCAAUUGCCACAAGUACCACACGUCCAAAUGUAAGCAAGGCCAUCCAGUCUUGCACUGGGCCUCAACCGCCUGCCUCUUCGCCUGCACCCUACAGAGCAUCAUCUCACACUUCACUCCACAGGGAGCCUCUUUCUUCUACCACAAACAAGACCCUAGAUCCUCCCCAGCCUCAAUCCCAAUACCUGCGGCAAGACUUCAGCCACUUACCAAUUCCUUGGAGGAAAGUGGACAUUCCAGGGCCAGUCAUCUCACAGCCCAUCCCUGAAGAGCAGAGGCCAGAGAGGGAGGCCAUGAAGAGGCGGGCCCAACAGGAGAGAGAGAACGCUGCCAAGUGUACCUCUCUGGGUAAACCACAGCUUUUCCUUCAGAGGGAGAAGGAUAUGGAAAUUUCGAGAUAUUAUGGCUAUGCAGUGUAAGUGCUGCCCAAACCUUUGGAAGACAAUGCUAUUCAACAUACAGAGGUGAGAUGUAGAUACAGAUAUUCAUGUAUACAUGAAGUUUAGAGGCUUAGAUAAAUAUGUAGACACGCAGAUACAUACAUGGUAAUGCAGAAUAAUAUUUAGAUAUAUGAAUAUAUAUGAAUGAAAAGACAUAGUUUAUAAAUUUAUAAAUAUUAGAAGAUACUAUAAUUGACUGUAGAAACUUAAGACUGCUAUUUCAUCCAUGAGUAUAUAGAGAGGGCUUUGAUGUCUUCCUUAGAACUUUAUUAUAGAUUUAUGUGUCCAAAUUAUGUGAUAAUAUAUGUUAUAUAGAUAUAACAUAUGCCAUAAGUCAGUGGUGCUACUUAGUUUAAUGUUAAAACUGUAGCAAAAAGCUCUAGUGGCAAUAAGAUCAUUUUCCUGGAGUUUAAUUUUCAGGAUACUAGGAUGAUGUGGGAUUCCCCUGUGUAUGCUGUGAAUAUGUUUUAUUACCAUUCAUUGGUCACUAAUGAGGAAAGCUGCUUCAGCCAAUGACUGAGCAUGGCAAAGCCAUGUAGGAAAUGCAAACUGAGAUAUAGAGAGAAAGCAGGCAAACUCAAAGAGAUGCCAUGGAGCUGCCAAAAACGAAAGAUGCCUGAAUGCCAGAACAUUGCCAGUAGGUCACAGACUCACAGUGAUAACAGGUUAAUAUUACUAGGCUCUAUUAAGAUAUUGGAGUUAGCCAGGAAUAUCUGGGGUCAUUGGCCGAACAGUGCUAUAAGUAAUGUGGUUUCUGUGUGAUUAUUCGGGUCAGAGUUACUGAACAUGGCAGGUUUCCUAAAGUGUAUACCGUAAAUUGAGCACACUCCUGCUGUCACCACAUCUCCUCCCACUCUAUGAACCUCAAAUAUGAGCCCUUUAAACAUCAGUACUCUGGGAUAGAGAUCUGCCUGCAUUUUCAUGAUAUGAAAUACAGGGUCCAUGUAUACGCAAUCAAGAUCCUCCCUUGAAAGAAAUUCUCCAAGGCAGAGUAUCUUUCUGAGGUGGAUUGAUUUGGAUUACUGAGUUUAUCUCAAAUUGUAUCAAUCUUUGAAAUUAUCCAUUUAACAUGUUCGUUUCUCUUUUGUGUGUGUGUCUGUGUUGUCCACAUGAACAACUGCACAUCAAAUGUGUGGAGUGCCCACACAAACCUG